AUGGCCGGAGGAAAACUGGUGGAGACAGGUGUCCCAGGCAGUUUGCUGAAAAAGGAAGAUUCGCUGUUUCGCUCUUUAUACGAUAGCGCAUUUUCGGCCACCGGCCGUUUCAAGCUGAGGGACGUCAAAUCGCUUGACAAUGGCACGCGCAUGCCCGAUGCCAGAAACUGGCCGUUCUGGUUGCAAUGCCGCAUGAAAGUACUCUCGAUUGUGUCGAUGGUCGCCAGAACAAAGCAACUGCACAGAAACUAUUUCGCCUCAAGCGGAACAAACCUGAAAGAUGAUGAGGUCUCGAAUAAUCGUGUGGUCUCCGGUUCUUCGGCUGUUCGUUAG